AUGGGGGAACUUACGCAAUAUCAAAUCCCACAAGACUACGAAGAAGAAGCACAUGACCCUCAACUUUGCGGCCGGUUUCGAUACUGUCAUGCUUUGCUAGAUCGCCAUAACGAUCCUGAUCGUAGUAAAAUCUAUAAUACGUUUCACCAAAACCUAUUCGACGAAUCCAUUAAUUCUCCCGUGGAGUGUGAAAUCUCCGAAGAAUUCAAGGUCAACCGUCGUUCUGAAAUCUUGAACUAUAUCGACUCCACAUAUAGAGCUGAACGCAACAAGAACAUAGAUAAAUUCUUGAUCAUUGUGAAAUUCGGGGUGUUUAAGAUAAACUACCAUACUUAUCAUGAUUAUUCCAGCGAUGAUUAUGACGGUGAUACCGAGGAGGAAAUCGGGUUUGUUCCGGCUAGUAAGUCGAGCAUUGAAGCGUUGGAGAAAGUUUUAGAUUUGGAGUCUGAGUUUGAGUGUGCGAUUUGCCUCGAUGAGGGAUGA